ACAGCUCUAAUGAGCCACAGGGGCCACCGUUCAGUGCGGAAGAGGAGGUUGUUGCUAAAAAAAAAAAUACUUAGCUGUUUGUUCGCUGUUUACAGUGUGUUAUCGUUAUCGUUAAAAAAGUUACAAAUUAAAAUGUGCAAUGGCUGUGUACAAAAAGAAUACCCGGACCGGGGGAACACCUGUCUGGAGAAUGGCUCAUACCUGAUGAACUACCUGGGCUGUGCCAGCUGCCAUCAGAGGGACUUUGUGUUGAUCAGUAAUAAAGCCACGGAGGAUGACGAUGGAGAGGAGAUCGUCACAUAUGACCAUGUUUGUAAAAACUGCGACCAUGUCAUCGCCAGACAUGAAUAUACUUUCUCCGUUGUUGAUGAAUAUCAGGAGUACACUAUGCUCUGCAUGCUGUGUGGAAAGGCAGAGGACUCCAUCAGUGUGUUACCAGACGACCCCAGACAGUCUGCUCCUCUCUUCUAGGCCUCAAACGACACCAAACCUGCAAGUCAUUGCUCACUUUUUAGAUCGACUAACCCCACCAUAGAUGUGCGGCUGGCUCCUCGCCUCAGGGUUCCAACCAUUUUUAUCGUCCAUUCAAUAUUUUAUGUUUAUUCUUCAUUAUGUUUUUGGCUGUUCAUGAACCACUGUAUUCUUAUAGCAGUUGAGCAGGAAAUAUAACUUUUUUAAUGACAAAUACAAACAUUCUGUAUGUCAACUGACCAUGAACUGUAAAUAAACUGUUUUUUUUCACCACUAAGAGUUUUACAACCCUCUGCAUUUCACUUCUCCUCGACUCAAAAUGGCUGAUGUUACAAUGUCGGAGUGAUAAAAUUAGGGAACCAACAAUGCAGCUA